AUGGCCCAUCUCCUCCCCCUCUUCUUCUCCACAUUCGGCCUCCUACUCCUCCUCCACAGCCCGGCAGUAUGGGGCUACGUGAACUCCAUCUACUCCGAACCGUCGCUGCAGGGCAUGUGGAGCGGCCAUCAUCUCAACGACGGCACAAACGACUUGUCACUGGGAGCCAACUGCAGCAUACUCCUUGACCUUCGUCACUCAAGAAACCCUGAAACCAUAUACGGUGGUGUGCCCCAUACGAGCUCCCAGUCUUGCGUGCUCUGGGUGGACAACAGGGGAACCAUCAACGUGUGGCCGGCCGGAUUCCCCAGCAACGUCGGAAACGUCACAUCCAUGCCCACACCCAUGGGCCGCUACGCCUUGGCAGUCGCCAAUGAGUUCGCUAACAUCUACGGCCCGGCGAUGUUCUCCUCGACCGGAGGUCUGACGCCGACCGAGCGAGGGAAGCUCCAUGGCACUGAAACGGUCAAAGGAGGCGACGCCGUCGGCUUGAGAACCUACACCCAUAAUGGUAACAUGAACAUGAACAUCCUGCAGUACGGGGAACACAGGCUGGUCCUCGAGAACAAGUGCAACCUCAAAAUAGUGGGUGGCAAUAAUCAGGUCAUGUGGGAGACGCAAACAGAGAUGCCAUCGGACGCCAUCUGCAUGGCGGAGCUGAGGAAGGACGGGGAACUCUACCUCGGCUACGUGGUUAACAACAUCAAACACCGGCUCUUUGGCUCCGGUUACUUCUCUACUCAGAAGAAGUACAUCAUGGCUCUCCGCCAUGACGGCGAUCUGGUCAUCUACCCCCUGAAGCCCUGGGCCGGAUCCAGCUCGGCGGCGAAGAUAAGGAUGGUGCUUAACAGCAUGAAAGGUUGA